CAAGGUUCAGAUUCCCAGAAGUUUUGUCCGAGUACAAAUUCAAGUCGAUCACACAACAUUAUUAUAUUGCGAGACUUCUCAGCAAGCAAUCUCCAUAGCUUUUGCUUUUGGCUCAUUGCGUGGUCUCAGGCUGGCCGAGCCUCCGGGAAUCCCGCUUGCCGCACGAGUUACCGGUGAGUCUCAGGCUUGGAGCUCAAAUCCUGGUCAUUAGAUUUUCUCACUCAAUCACUUAAUACCACAUCCAUACUACGGGCAAGUGUCAUUCCUUAAACCCCUUCUAAACACCAACUCCGGCCAGAAAUCCUUCUCCAGUUUCACCCAGCACCACCCAUAAAAACAAGGGGCAGAAGAAGAUUUAGUUUUUGGGAGCAUGGCUUCAGCAACAACAGAACCAGCAGAAGCCUUCAACCCCUACAAGCUAAAACAUAACCUAAGUGGCCACAAAAGAGCCAUCUCCAGCGUCAAAUUCUCCGAUGACGGCCGACUCCUAGCCUCUGCCUCCGCCGACAAAACCGCCUGCACCUGGUCUCCUUCCGACGGCUCCCUCCUCCAAGAAUACCAAGGUCACGACCAAGGAAUCUCCGACCUCGCCUUUUCCUCCGACGCCCGGUACCUCGCCACCGCCUCUGACGACAAAACCGUCCGCCUCUGGGACGUUGCCACCGGAAGCCUAGUCAAAACCCUCUCUGGCCAUACCAAUUACGUCUUUUGCGUCAACUUUAAUCCUCAGUCCAACAUGCUUGUUUCCGGGUCGUUCGACGAAACUGUUCGGGUAUGGGAUGUUAAGUCGGGGAAGUGCUUGAAGGUUUUGCCGGCGCAUUCAGACCCUGUGACGGCGGUUCAUUUUAACAGGGAUGGGACGCUGAUUGUAUCUAGUAGUUAUGAUGGAUUGUGUAGGAUUUGGGAUGCUUCAACUGGGCAUUGUAUGAAGACUCUGAUUGAUGAUGAGAAUCCACCUGUGAGCUUUGUGAGAUUUUCGCCCAAUGGAAAGUUUAUCCUCGUUGGAACUUUGGACAAUACCUUUCGGCUUUGGAACUUCUCAACUGGAAAAUAUCUGAAAACCUACACAGGCCAUGUCAAUUCAAAGUAUUGCAUCUCUGCUACAUUUUCGGUGACAAAUGGCAAGUACAUUGUAAGCGGUUCAGAGGAUAAUUCUAUCUACUUAUGGGAGCUUCAGUCAAGGAAGAUUGUUCAAAAACUGGAAGGUCAUACUGAUACUGUCGUAUCUGUAUCAUGUCACCCAACCGAAAACAUGAUAGCAUCUGGUGCUCUCGGAGAGGACAAGACAGUCAAAAUCUGGACUCAGGAGGACUGAGUUUGUGACCAGCAUAGGGGAUUUAGUAACAUUGACAAGUCCUCUCUCCUGGUCGUGAAAUUUGACUUCCCAGUUGGUGAAGAUGGAUUGCUCGUGGCAAGGAUCUCUGAUUAUUUGUAGAUGCAGGUAGUUAUUCAAGAUAGUCUAUUGUAGCCUUAUUGUUUGUUUUCUGCUCAUACGUAAUUUAGUGUGAGGGGAAAGUGUCGUUCUUCUGGGAGCUGAAUGGACAAAAUGGUUAAUUCAUCUGAACGACAGUGUUCUAUUUCCCCCGUUCACUAUGCAUCUUGUGUUAACAAAACAUGGGGGGGGGGGGGGGGGGGGGUGAAUUGUUUCAUCAUCUAGACCCUCUGGUGGUUGUCGGUACAUGAAGUUAGACAUUGAGAUGUGUAUGUUGCUGACGAAUGUUUUCUCUGAUGAACUGAGAUUUGAGAUUGCAACUUUGGAUGUUGCUAUCAUUUUUGUAA